ACAACGCACAGCGCUCGCACACACGCUGACGGUCACGAAGCUCUCGCAUACAUCGCGCAUUCAAUACUAUUACAUCAACUGUCAAGUCGUCUCCGCUGGCGCGCUUGUUAUUGUUUUUCCGCGCGCGGUCAUCGCGAGCGAUGUCUCGUCGUCUGAGCCGCCUGGCAUUGCGACGCAACCAACGCAAUCACAAACUCCAGCGAACGGUCACUCGCGAAUCGCCGCUGGUGCGAUCGCCGCCGCCGAGGGGUGCAAUGCGGAGGAUCACGGCGUGAGCGCGCGCGUGCCCCCUGAUGAUACUCAAAAGUGCCGCGAGCGUCGUGGCGCUCCAGCAGCAUGAGUGCGCGCCCAAGAGUGUCACCAGCACGGCCGCCUCCGCUGCUGGAGAAGGCGCCAACCAACGUGUGGCGCGGCGUGUGCCCAUCGUCGACCUCAACGAGCACCUCACGUGCUUCCUCUGCAAGGGAUACUUUAUUGAUGCCACCACAAUCAUUGAAUGUCUACACUCCUUCUGCAGGGGAUGCAUUGUGAAAUACCUAGAGAGCAAUAAAUAUUGUCCAGUGUGUGAUGUGCAAGUACACAAAACAAAACCACUGCUCAACAUCCGACCUGAUAAAAUCCUGCAGGAUAUUGUAUAUAAACUGGUACCUAAACUAUAUCACAAUGAGACGCAAAAACGUCGAGAUUUUUACGCGGCGCAUCCGGAAUCGAAACCCUCCGGGCUGGAAACGCGCGCUGAGGCAUCCUAUCAGCAUCUCUUGACGCCCGAUGAGAUGCUAUGCAUCUCUUUGAUGUACAAUGGCGCGGCUGACAAGUGCACACCGCGUUAUCUGCGCUGCAGCGCCUCUCUAUCCAUUUGGCAUCUACAGAAACUCAUCCGGAAUAAAUACGACCUCAGCGUGCAUCAUCGUGUUGAAAUUCUGCAUCAGGAUGAAGCUCUGGCUGCGUAUUUGACGCUCAUGGAUGUUGCGUAUAUUUAUUUAUGGCGACGCAAAGUACCAUUGGCGCUCACAUAUCGUAUCUACGAGAGCACAAAGAAGGCAAACUCACAAAGUCUUAAUCUAAGCGCGGAGAAUAACAAUAAUAACGAUUCGAGCGGUGAGGAAGGCUGGAAAGAAGUGCAGCUGCGCAUCAGUGAAAAUGGCGAGAUGAGCGUGACAGGUAUACAGGAUUGCCUAAGUCUCCUCGACGCGAAUAUCCUACAAGAUGAUAAAGAUAUGAGCGAAAAGAGUAAAAAAGAGAAAGAUACAGAUGCGGCCAUUAAAGCUUCACCGUCGAAAAAGUUGAAAGUCGAUAAGAAAGGCAGCAAGGAUGUCAAGGACACAAAGGACACGAAAGAUCCUAAACGGGAGACACGAUCAGCGUUGCAGGUUAAAAACACGCCUGCAGAAAAGAGUGCAAAGAUACCCAAAGAGAGAAAGCGAAAAAGCAUGGACGCCAUUGUUGAAGAUGUCAAAAAUACAGAUGUUGACACAUCAAAUAAGAAAUCCAAAUUGGACGAGUUGCAAUCAACUCUACCGGCUUGUAUUUCAAUCACGACCAAAUCGCCAGUGAUACUCAAUCAUUCGCUUGGCCUGCAGAACCUGUCGAAUAAUCAUCCGCUCAAGAAACAUUCACUGGCGAGUACAAAACCCUCGACUGCUGUCAGUCUCAACAGUGUGACGACUGUGUCGCCAUCUACGUACAAUCAAACCCACCAUCUUAAACAGCAACAGAUUAAAACAACCACUGCUAGUACAAACGCGCAAACCGAAACUAGUGCUAGUGUAGUCACACCGAGCACGUUGAAGGUGUCAACGGUGAGUUCGUCGUCUACAGUGAAAUCCACAGCGGCGUUGUGUACAGCUACGACAAGUUCGACGUGCACGCCAUCUGCAUCGUUGGGUAAACAUAGUCCGCAACCAUACGCGCAGUUUCAGCGUGUGUAUACCCCACCAUCGACUAAUUAUACACCGAUAAAUGUACCUAGUGUACCGAAUAUUCACGCGAAUCGUAUGGGGAUGUCACCAGCGCCAUUGCGGCAUUAUAAUCCACGUGGACAAGGGCAAUCACCGCAUGCGCAGAGAUUCAAAACAAUGGAGACAAGUGUCGCUGGUAGCCCUGGUGGUAAACAAUGGAAUCAAAGACCGGAAAUGAGACCGCAAACUCCACCACCACCCCAGGUGGGAUCCACGAAUGAUUUACGCAAUGUCCGACCGGCGAAGUUUUUCAAAAUGCGCAAUAACAUGCCGAGAUAUUUAGGAUGUCCGGCAUCCGGGGUGAAACCAAUGUAUCAGGUGCAAGAUAGUCCGGAAAAAGCAGACGAAAAGAAGGAAUCCACACAGAAAACUGUAAAAGAAACAAAAGAUGAUGAUAAACAACAAAAAGAUGUAAAGAAAUCUGCGCCGCCCGCUACCUGUACAGAGAUUAAACGUCAUUCGAUUGUGAAAAUCGAUCCGAAGACACUCAAACCCAUCGCGGAUCGUGCGCCGGAAAUGACCAGCCUGACGACGUACAAUAUAAAACCGCCGGUGAGUUCACCGCAGCAGGAUUUGAAGAUUAACACCUCGUCGGUGUCGAUUUUCAAUCCGAUCAAGCUGCAAACGGAGCGCAAGAGUCCACAUUCACCUAUUAGCAAGCGACCGGCUUCUAGUCCGACGAGUGCUGGUAAUCCGCCGCCACCCACGCAAAGUCAAUCACCAGCGAUGGUGACUACUGUCAGCAGUGGCGCAAUGCCGAUGAGUAGCGGUAUGAUGAAUAUGCAUGCGAAGCAUCAGAAGGCGAGUUUGAGCUACACGCCGCCGAAUCCGUACGUGCCGAAUCUGCAAUCGCCGACGCUCAACCCGAAUCAGUUUAUGUAUCCGUCACCGGCUGCGUUUCCGCCGUAUGAUUCCAUGAUGGCGGCGGCGUUCCUCGCGUAUUCACGCGCGCCGUAUAAUUAUGACUUUCAUAAAAUGCAAAUGGCGCACGGGCAUGCGCCGUAUAGUGUGCAGCCAUUGGUGAUGAUGAGUCAGGCGCAACCGCCGACGAAUCCGCAACCCGCGACACCCAAGAAAAGCAAAGAGAGUAAAGAGAAGUCUACGACACGGACGAGUUCACCGAAAACUGAAAGUCCGAAAUUACUAACGUCUAAAGAUGAUAAUAACACCAAAGAAACAACAAAAGUUUCCACUUUGAAGGAAUCUAAAGAUGUUGCAAAGAAUAAUACGAAUUCAACAAGCAAUAAACCGGUUAAAAGCGAUAAAUCACUACAGAAUGCUCUCGAUAAACUAACAAAAGCUAAAAUGGCUGGGGACGGAGCCGAACAUAAAACAGAAACAAGUGAAAAACCAAGAAAUAAAAAUAAAAUCGAGAUUAAAUCACAAAUUACGAUCACAUCACAAGGAAAUGUCAGCAGUAUACAAAUACAAAACAAAUCAAAUGACACCGAGAAAGUUUUACAGGAAACUGUAAUCGAUGCACCAACAAACACAGAUAAAACACCAAGUAAUGAAGAAAAUACGAAUACAAAACAAGAAGAUAAAACAGACACUAAAACUGUGGAAGAAAUUGCACCGAAAACAAGUGAAUCAUCAGAAAAUAAUAAACCAGAAGAAGUAAAAUCAAAAGAAGACACACUACCGCCACCUAGUGAUGAUAAUAUCAAGAGUAAAGGUAAAGAAGAAGAAAAAGUUGCUGAAGCGAUAAAAGAUGAUGAAAAACCCGCUGAUCCUCCUCCAGCAGUUGAAGUGGAAGUUAGAGUUGAGAAGAAAGUUGACGACGCAGUGCAAAAUGACGAUGCAACAAGCGAAAACAAUGAUAAAACAAAGUGCACGUAAACACAUAUGACGCCAGUGUGCGCCAAUCUCAUUUAAAGUGCCUGUAAAGUGAGCGAUAUUGAAACUCUAUCAAGUUGAAACUGUGAGAUAUAAAUUAUAAUCAUAGAAAUUCUAUAUAAUGAUAAUAUUUAACACACGUACGGAUAGGAAUCUAACGUUAAUUUGGAGUUUAUCAGGUCACAAUGUAGAUGUAAAUAAGAUGUGUGAGCAGAGUUGCAUACAUUCGACAGUGAAAAUUUCGGUGCCUUCUAGACCAGAGUUUCGGGACAAAACAAAUAUAUUUUGAGAAGAUUAUUAAAAACAAACAAAAAUAAUUGAUUUGACGGAGCAAAAUUUUGAAGAAGCAAAACUAAUGUUUAAUUAGUCUUAGUUUACGAUUGCAAGAGCAGAUGUAUAUGAGAAUGUCGGAUGAUUCGAGACACAACAUGGCGCUCGGAAAUGGGUUUAUACAUACAUAAUAUAAGCAAGAAUAUAUUAUUAAAUUAGUUGCUAGGUCUGUAUGAUACUUGUAGGUUUUUUUGUUUGUUUAGCAGAGAGAAUUUCAUAUACUUACAGAGCGCGCGCGCAGGUGUGUAUUUUAUUUUAUUUGUUGUUGCGUUGGGUUUAUGCAUAAUGCCGACUUGGAGUUGAUUUUUGUUUCGUUUGUAAGCAAGAUGCAAAUGCAAAUUAAAGAUUUAUCACCUUAA